CGCCGGGCGCGGGGCUCGGUGACAGCGGAGGCGGCGGCCGCAGGCGGGACGCAGGGAGCGGCGCCGCCGACGGCAGCGGGAAGGGCGUGCGGGAGGGCUUGGGCCUCUCCGGUGGCGUGGAGCCCCAGGAGCCCAGGAGCCGGCGGCGCGCGCAGUUUGCGGGUCGGGCACCCGAACUUGGGACAAGUUGCCGGAACCGCGGGGCGCAGGCGGCGGACGGAUUGACCUUCAGAGCGAGGGAGCCGGUGGCCACCAUGGCGUCGCGCAUCGGGCUGCGCAUGCAGCUUAUGCGGGAGCAGGCGCAGCAGGAGGAGCAGCGGGAGCGGCGGCAGCAGGCAGCCGUGGUGCAGUUCCUGCAGCAGCAGCAGCUCGGGACGCCACCCUCACCCGCCAUCAGCACCCCGGUGCCCUUCCAGCCACCGCCGCCUGUGCCCGGCGAGGUGCUCAAGGUGCAGUCCUACCUGGAGAACCCCACCUCCUACCACCUGCAGCAGUCCCAGCACCAGAAGGUGCGCGAGUACCUGUCUGAGACCUACGGGAACAAGUUUGCUGCCCGCGUCAGCCCGGCCCAGGGCUCCCCCAAGCCCCCGCCCGCCGCCUCCCCUGGGGUGUGCGCUGGGCAUGUGCUGUCCACCUCGGCAGGCAACAGCACGCCCAACAGCCCGAUGGCCAUGCUGCACAUUGGGUCCAACCCCGAGAAGGAGUUUGACGAUGUCAUUGACAACAUCAUGCGCCUGGACAACGUGCUGGGCUACAUGAACCCCGAGCUACAGAUGCCCAACACGCUGCCCCUGUCCAGCAGCCACCUGAAUGUGUACAGCAGCGACCCCCAGGUCACAGCCUCGCUGGUGGGCGUCACCAGCAGCUCCUGCCCUGCGGACCUGACCCAGAAGCAGGAACUCACAGAUGCUGAGAGCCGGGCGCUGGCCAAGGAGCGGCAGAAGAAGGACAAUCACAACCUCAUUGAAAGGAGGCGUAGGUUCAACAUCAAUGACCGCAUCAAGGAGUUAGGAAUGCUGAUCCCCAAGGCCAACGACCUGGAUGUGCGCUGGAACAAGGGCACCAUACUCAAGGCGUCCGUGGACUACAUCCGGAGGAUGCAGAAGGACCUGCAGAAGUCCCGGGAGCUGGAGAGCCACUCACGGCGCCUGGAGAUGACCAACAAGCAGCUCUGGCUGCGCAUCCAGGAGUUGGAGAUGCAGGCGAGGGUGCACGGGUUGCCCACCACCUCGCCAUCGGGCGUGAACAUGGCUGAGCUGGCCCAGCAGGUGGUGAAGCAGGAGCUGCCCAGUGAGGAGGCCCCGGGGGAGACGCUGAUGCUGGGGCCCGAGGUCCCCGACCCCGAAUCACUGGCAGCGCUGCCUCCCCAGGCUCCACCGCCCCCGCCCGCCGAGCCCCUGUCCCCAUUCCAUCACCUGGACUUCAGCCACAGCCUGAGCUUUGGGGACAGGGCUGAGGAGGGCCCUGCAGGCCACCCUGAGCCCGGCUUCCCUGACCUGUCCAAGAGGGAUCUGGACCUCAUGCUCCUAGACGACUCCCUGCUGCCGCUGGCCUCCGACCCCCUGUUCUCCACCAUGUCCCCCGAGGCCUCCAAGGCCAGCAGCCGGCGCAGCAGCUUCAGCAUGGAGGAGGGCGAUGUGCUGUGACACCCGGGGCCUGCGCUGGGGACGGGGCCACGGCCUCCCCCCUCCAGGCCACACUUGGGUGUGAAGCAGCCACCCGCCCGCCCGACCCGACCCGCUCCCCCGUGGCCCCGUUUGGACUCGGUGCACGGCCAGCGGGCUGUGGGGCCCUGAGACAGCGCCCCCAGGGGCAGCCCCGUUGCCGGGCUGGAGGAGCGGGGCGGAGACAGCGGCCUGGGUAGGAAGAGCCCUCUCCCCACCCGGGCUGCAGGGUGUUGGGCAGCAGGGGGUUCGGGGAGCUCUUUGAAGCGGCAUCUGCCGGGGCACCCAGGCUCGCUUUCUGGGGCUCCCCGGCCAUAAGCGGUGCCCGCCCGGUCACCCCGCAGGUGGAAACCCACCUGCCUUUGGUGCUAACAGCUCUCCCCGCGCGGUGAGGGUGGUGUGGCCGGAAGAGAGGCCUAGGUCCGGGGCCGAGCGGGGCCACUGCGGCAGAGCAGCUGCCUCCCUCCGGACCCCUUCAAGUGUGCCUUUAGUAAACACUGUGCUUUGUA